AUGAAAACGCCGGCGCUCCUCCUCACUCUCCUCCUCCUACUGGCCUUUCUAUCUGUUAUUCCUCCGUCAAGCGGCCAUGGCGAUUGGGAGAUCCUCACGGAGCAAAACUUCUCUUCUCAGAUCCGUAUCCACCCUCACAUCCUCCUCUUUGUCACCGCUCCAUGGUGUGGCGAGUCCAGAUCCCUUAAGAGUGAAAUUACUCAGUUGGUUCAGAGCAGUGAGGAGUUUAGCUCGUUGAAGUUGAUGGUUGUAUACAAAAACUCAGAGAAGAUGCUAGCUCAAGCCAUUGGUGCUGCCAACGGAAUAACAGUUUUGUACUAUCACCAUAGUGUGCCUUACAACUAUCUUGGGAAACUCCGAGCCUCGAAUAUACUGUCAUCUAUUCAUCCUUAUCUGACACCUACUCACGAAGGACUCCCUCUCAAACAUUUGAGGUCUCCAAAGAGUUUGAAAGAUUUCCUUGAAUCAUCUGACAAGGCUUUACUUCUGUUCGAGUUUUGCGGAUGGACAACUACGCUUUUGUCUGAGUUGAAGAAAAAUGUCACUGAAGAUAACCUUUGGCAAGAUAUGUCAUCUGUUUUUAGUCUUGCGGUAUAUGAAGCUUACCGUGAGACUGAAGCUUACCGUGAGACUAGUCUCUCCCAGUAUUGGAAACUUCUCCAAAAAGAAACCGACCAUGCAAAAUGGAAAAUGAUGUGUAGACUCCAAAGCGGGUUUGGUAGAGUUCCUUGGCUUGAGGAUUUUUGCUAUAUCAAUGAUACUGCUGCUUUGCAGGAGAAUGAUGGACAGACGUGUAGCCAUGAGCAGUUCAACCAAUUCAGUUCAUUCCUCUCGAAAUUGAUUGCCACCGCAAAAGAGUUUUCUCUGCCUCCUGAAAGGCUUAAAUUUGGUCUGAUCACAGAAGAAUCAAUGGCUACAUCUUUUAAUAUUGUAGCAUCUGAUUCGUGGGCAGCGGUCCUUCAGCUGGCAGGAUGUCCACAUUGUUCAAAGAUUCUCAAGGUCGGGGAUGACAUUCAGAGACUCUUAAAGAUGGAAAAUCCGAUAGUCACAGAGCUGGAGGAUGACAGGCAGGACCAUGAGUCAUAUUUUCCUGCAACUAAAACAUCGGCUAUUCUUUUUGUGGAUAGAUCAAGUGGCUCCUCGGAGGAUAGGAGGAGUGUGAAAGCACUUUGUACUUUCAGAGAGGUAGCUGCACAGUAUAAAAUGUCUGACAUAAUAAACUGGGAGAAUGAUAUUCAGCAUGAGAACUCCGUUAGCCAGGCUGGUGAAGACUCGGGGUCCGUGUCACUUCCGAAAACUGCCAGAAAGUUAAAGACGGUUAAGUUAGAGAAUAAGGUCUCUUUUGUGAUUUUGGAUGGGGAUAAAAACGUAGCCCUAGAUUCUAUAGCUCAAGGAACCGAAGGUAGUUCCCUGCAGGAGAUACUGACAAAUCUUGUUCACAGAAGUAAAGAGAAAAAAUUGAGCUCAGUUGCUAAGGAUGUUGGUUUCCGUCUAUUAUCCGAUGAUGUGCACAUAAAAGUACUGGAUGCAUUACCAUCACAAGCAGAAGUUAUGUCUGGUCAAGACACAUCUACAUCAUCUGCAGAAAGUUCCAGUGAAAGUUCUCUUCAACCUAAUGACGGAGAUGUGCAGAACAGGGUGAGUAUGAGUCCUGAAGAAAAAGAUAAAAUGAAACUUUCUGAAAGUGAAUCCUCCUCCCCUGAUGAUGAAGAGCAGGUUCCUACAAACAGAAGUGAACAAUCAGUAAUGGCGGAAGACGAUAAGACGGGGGUUUAUAAAACAGAAGGUGUUGAGGAAGAGAUCAAGGUACCGUUGCACUCAGAAUCGAAGGAAGAUCAAGUGCAUAGUUUCACUGGUUCAUUUUUCUUCUCUGACGCAAAUUAUGCUUUACUUAGGGUUCUGACUGGUGAUGUCAAGAUUCCAUCAGUAGUAAUACUUGAUCCUGCUUUACAACAGCACUAUGUCCUUCAAGAUGAGUUAGCCUUUAGCUAUUCGUCACUGGUCGAGUUUCUUGAUGGAUAUCUCAAUGGAAGUCUAUCACCUUAUACACAGUCUGAAUCUGCAAUUCAAAAGCCUAAGGAAGCUACAGUUCCACCUUUUGUAAAUCUGGAUUUUCACGAGGCGGAUUCUGUUCCGCGUAUCACAGUUAAAACUUUUUCCCAUGUGGUUCAUGCAUGGAAUCAAUCGAAUACAGAGAAGGCUCCCUGUCCUUUGUGCCAAGACGUUUUGGUCCUUUUUAGCAAUAACUGGUGUGGCUUCUGUCAGAGGAUGGAGCUAGUUCUGCGUGAAGUGUACCGAUCGCUAAAGGAAUAUAAAGCGAUAACACAAGGAGGAUCCAGGAACAAUCAAAUGCUUUACAAAUCAGAAAGUGAACGUUUCUUAAGUCCAUUCUCUUAUGUUGUUUUUAUCUUUGCUGAAGCAGAGACACCGACUAUAGCUCCAUUGGUCUACUUGAUGGACUGCACGUUGAAUGAUUGCAGCUUGAUCCUAAAAUCAAUAAAUCAGAGGGAAGUGUACCCUUCUCUGAUAUUAUUUCCAGCCGAGAGAAACAAAGUCAUUCCGUAUCAAGGGGAGACGUCUGUAACUGACAUAUUCGAGUUUCUAGUUCGCCAUGCAAACAAGAUCGAUCAAUCUUCAUCAGCGGUCAACAAUAAAGUGACAGCGGGUGAUAAACUUGUUGAGGUCGUUGUAAGUAACAGAGAAAGAAAAGCAAACCAAGACCAGGUCGAUACCCAACCGCCUCCAACGCACCCGGUCAAACCCGCUCCGCAAGUGAAAAUGGGCACAAUCCUGGUUGCUACAGAGAAGCUAGCAGCGACUCCACCGUUUGCCAAAUCAAAGAUUCUGAUCAUAAAAGCAGGCCGCGAAUCCGGUUUCAUGGGUGUAAUCUUCAACAAACGGUUAAGGUGGAAAUCGUUCCCUGACCUCGGCGAAACAGCCGAGCUCUUGAAAGAGACGACUCUAUGGCUGGGAGGCCCGGUCAUGGAUCCAGAAAACCCGCUUCUAGCUCUGAGCCGAGAGGGAGACUCCUCCACGGAUCUUGAGCUCUCGCCCGGCGUGUAUUUCCUAGAUCAUCAGUCCGUGGCCCGUCGAAUCCAAGAGUUGAAGUCUAGAGAUGUGAAUCCAAGCGAUUACUGGUUUUUCUUGGGAUACACAAGCUGGAGUUAUGAGCAGCUGUUUGAUGAGAUCGGUCUUGGUAUAUGGGAUGUUAAUAACAACGAGCUUGACUUCACUUGGCCUUAA